UCACCCGGCUGCGCUUGACCUAUUUUUGGCUCAGGCCAGCCAUUGUUCUAUUUCUGCCGCCUCUGGGCCACGCUGUUGUUGAUUCAAAUGCAAAUGAGUUGUCACUGCCCAGGCCAACUCCAGCAGCGGGACCUGGGAACGGCUGCGGGACAGCAGCACGGCGGGGGGACCGCAGCCGGACCCCGGGGAUCUGUUCCCGUUGGGUGCUUAGUGCGAAGCUGUGUUUCCCCACGCACACUGCCAGAAAGCACCGAGAUACUUCUUUGAUUCUUCAUCCACCUGCUGUUGGCUCCCAGAGCACAACUGGUGAAACUCUGAGGUGCACAGCCCAGCAGGCGCUUCUUGCCCUCUCACUGCUGUGUAAAGUGGAUUUUGCCUUUUCUCUCCUAAUAGAUACUUGUACAAAUGCUUAAACAUUGCUAAUUACUGAAGUGUACUGUCUGACGAGUCCGGCUGGAGGAGAUGGGGUUUCUGGACGUGAACAGCUCUUGGCUCAGCAAAGAAUGCACAGUAUGAUCAGCUCAGUGGAUGUGAAGUCAGAGGUUCCUGUGGGAUUAGAGCCUAUCUCACCAUUAGACUUACGAACUGAUCUCAGGAUGAUGGUUCCCAUGGUGGACCCAAUUAUGCGUGAAAAGCAGCUACAGCAGGAGCUACUUCUGAUCCAGCAGCAGCAGCAAAUUCAGAAACAACUGCUGAUUGCAGAGUUUCAGAAACAGCAUGAAAACCUGACCCGCCAGCACCAGGCCCAGCUCCAGGAGCACAUAAAGUUACAACAGGAACUCCUAGCCAUUAAACAGCAGCAAGAACUUCUCGAAAAAGAGCAGAAACUGGAGCAACAGAGACAAGAGCAGGAACUGGAGAGGCAUCGCAGGGAACAGCAGCUUCCUCCCCUCAGAGGCAAAGAAAGAGUCCGAGAAAGAGCAGUAGCCAGUACAGAAGUGAAGCAAAAACUUCAGGAGUUCCUGUUAAGUAAAUCAGCAACGAAAGACUCUCCAGCAAAUGGAAAGAAUCAUUCCGUGAGCCGCCACCCCAAGCUCUGGUACACGGCUGCCCACCAUACCUCACUGGAUCAAAGCUCUCCACCCCUGAGUGGGGCCUCGCCGCCAUACAAAUACACUUUACCAGGAUCACAGGAUGCCAAGGAUGAUUUUCCACUCCGUAAAACAGCUUCAGAGCCCAAUUUGAAGGUACGCUCAAGGUUAAAACAAAAGGUAACAGAAAGGCGAAGCAGUCCUUUACUGAGGAGGAAGGAUGGAAAUGUUGUCAGCUCGUUCAAGAAGCGACUCUUUGAGGUGACAGAAUCCUCAGUCAGUAGCAGCUCCCCUGGAUCAGGUCCCAGUUCCCCAAGCAAUGGUCCAACCAGCAGUAUAACAGAAAGUGAAACCUCGGUUUUGCCAUCUAGCAUUCAAGCUGAGCAUCUGGUUUCACAGCAACGCCUUUUGAUACAGGAUGAAUCAGUGAACUUGUUGAGUCUGUACACAUCCCCUUCUUUGCCCAACAUUACCUUGGGACUUCCAGCUGUACAAUCUCAAAUCAGCGCUUCAUCAUCAUUCAAAGAAAAGCAGAAGGGAGAGACCCAGACACUCAGACCAGGAGUGGCCUUGGCUGGACAGUAUGGGGGGAAUAUUCCCCCAUCUUCAACUCAUCCUCAUGUUGCUUUGGAGGGAAAACCAAACAGCAGCCACCAGGCUCUCUUGCAACAUCUGUUACUGAAAGAACAGAUGAGACAACAGAAACUUCUUGUAACUGGAGCGGUUCCUCUUCAUCCCCAGUCUCCUUUGGCAGCAAAAGAAAGAGUCUCACCUGGCAUAAGAGCUGCCCACAAACUGCCUCGCCACAGGCCUCUGAAUCGAACCCAGUCAGCUCCUCUUCCUCAGAGCACUUUGGCGCAGCUGGUCAUCCAACAGCAACAUCAACAGUUUUUGGAGAAGCAGAAACAGUACCAGCAACAGAUCCACAUGAAUAAGAUGCUCUCCAAAUCCAUUGAGCAGCUAAAGCAGCCUGGCAGCCACCUGGAGGAAGCUGAAGAAGAGCUGAAUGGAGAUCACUCAAUGCAGGAGGAGCGAGCUCCCGCUAGUGGGGCCAGCAUUAGGGCUGAGAGCAGCAGUGCUGGUGAGGAUGACAGAAUAGGACAGCAGGCGGGGGCUGUGAAGGUCAAAGAGGAGCCACCGGACAGUGAUGAGGAUACUCAAACCCAGCAAAUGGAAUCUGGGGAGCAAGCUGCUUUUGUGCAACAGGUAAUAGGCAAAGAUUUAGCUCCAGGAUUUGUAAUUAAGGUUAUUAUCUGAACAUCACAUGCAUUUUCUAGGCUUUGACGAGUAGUUGUGUUUUGAUUCACUAGCAAAUCCUGAUUUACUAUUCAAAGAAUUUAACAAAAGCAAAGGUGUCGUAUGCACACUUCAAAACAUAGUGGAGCUCAUCCUUAUGGCCCUAAUGAAGCAAAUACCCGUUGCAGACAAUUGCUAUACAUAAAACUUUGCGUAUUAGAUGAUAGAAUUUGUAUUAGGCCAGGAUUAUAUUACAUCGCUUAGUUCUAGUGCAAGACAGCUCCUAUCACCUAGCUUGUUGAGAUCAGCUACUGCUGGACUUAGUUUCCAGAUCUGAUUGAUGAAACAUUCUUCUCUGAUUUUGAAUCCUCUGACUUUUGCUUUCAGCUAUCUGUAUAUAAUGUAUCAUACCGUAGUCUUGAACACUGUUAACAAACGAUAGGGUAAUUUUCCCCCAUAGACAGGUACUGACUGCUACAUCAGUGGUCCUAGGUUGGAGUACAAAGUUAAAGAAAUAUACCAGGUGGAUGUAAACAUGCAAGGCAAGGCGCUGUUUGAAAAUUGCAUUGUUUUCAUUUUUGCACUGCUUAAUUCAUUUUUCAUUCUGUCUUAUUUGAUGAUACUGUCCACAAAGACACCCUUAAAUUAAGCAGAUGCAAAUACUGGCAAGAAGGAAAAUGCAGCAUUAGGUUCCAAUCAGAUAUUACAGUAUUGAAGGAAAAGCACAGAAGUGUUAUCGUUAUUAUCUGAUAUCCAAACACUUGCUUAUUGUUUUAAAGAAAAACUAGUCAUACAAUAUUGCAUAACCUUUACCACUAGGUCUCAUGGACAAAGCUUAAAAUAAGGACAGUGUAAAUAAUGCCAACUUGGCAAAAGGAAACUUCAAAUUGUCUGACAGUGUUUUGCGAAUGCUGCAGAAUGAAGUGCAUUUGUGCAGCCUGUGCUUUCAGAGAGCUGCUGUCCCUUUUGUUGCUCCAAAAUCAGACAGAGCAAUGCUGGAUGCAGUGGCAGGCACUGUUUAUUUAAGUCAAGACUUUGUCAGGUCCCUGCUGUUCUCCUCGAGAAAAGUGAUUCUGAGAGGGGGAGCAGGAAAUGCCUUAUGGAAACAGGAAGCCCAAGUGAUUCAUGUGCUGAGGAAUGUAAGGCAGGGGGAACGGGGUAGUGUUCUCUCUGUUUUUAAAGGCACUCUAUGAAUUGAUUUAUUGUCAAAGAAAAUAACAAAGCGAGCAGGGAAAUUGUUAAGGAAGCUUUCCAGUGAAACAUUUCCUUCAUAUUCCCUUUUGAUAUGUUUACCUUGUUUUAUAGGUUUACUUUUGUUAAGCUAGUUAAAGAUUCAUUGUAUUAAGAUCCCCUUUAAUAUGGAUAAUCCCAAACUGACCUGGAAUCCUUGUCAGUUUUUUUUCUAUUAAAAAAUAUUUAUAUUUCUAAAGCUAAGGUAUUUUAAGGUGCAGUAUCCUGUUUCAAAAGAGAUAGAUGUUUUGCCAAAUGUAGAAAUUGUUCUGACAUGUUAUUAGCAUAUGUUGUUUACAUGAUGCUCUAAUACUAUUGAAGCUCUUAUAAAAUGUUGCGACCUAUAAAGAUACAUUAUCCUUUUUCCUAAAAGAUCUCAAAUCAACAACUAAGUAGUUGCUGUAUAGCGAAAGGCCUCCUGCAACUUAAUGAUGAACUUAGAUAGGAAACACGCAUUAAUUGACAAAAUGUAGACAACUUUUCUGUGUGCUUUAUAUUGGUCUUGGAUGAAAAAAUCACUUUGCAUUCACAAUGAAAAGCAUAUAAAACUGAAAUUGCAUAUUUUUCCCAUUCUAUAUAACUGUACUUUUCCUUGAAGCCUAACUUCAACCUCAUCAAAAGGGAUAGUGCAUCUUUUUAAAAUACAUUUUAUUUGGGGAGAAAUUUGCAAAUGAGAAGACUUUUGUACAAUAUCAUUUCCAAAACAGUGUAUUCACAAAGCACAGAAGAUAUUUUUAUAAUGUUCUGCAGGUGAGGAACCCCAAUAGAUUAGUAGACUUUCACUUCAGAAUCUCUCAAACUUGGAAAAAAUUGAAAUAGAGAAAUUACCUGGAACCAGUGAAAAGGAAAACUGGGUUUAAAAAAAUCCCACAUUUCUAAUUGACAGUUGUCUCCUACAUUUUAAAUCUACUGUAUUUAUUAGAAUUUACACCCUCAGAGGUGAUCUCUUGUUUUGUGUUGUAAAUAUAUUGUUUGUAUGUUCCCUUUUUUUGCCUUCUGAUAUAAGUCUCUUCCUUUCUCAAAUAAAGUUUUUUUUUUUAAAAGA